AUGGUGGAGGCUUUAACUGAAUUGGUGAGACAACAACAAGAGCAAAGGAAACAACAACAGAGACAACCAUUCCCACCUCCUCCUCCACCACUUGUUCAAAUGGAACUGAUCAAUAAUGAUGACAUCAUUGCUCUUACACAAAAAUACAAGAAAAUGAAGUCACCAGAAUUUUUGAGGGGUAUUGAAUCGUUAAAAGCUGAGGCGUGGGUGCUUGAAACUGAAAAGAUUUUUGAAGUGUUUCCAUGUAUUGAUGUGCAUAAAGUUCUAUUAGCAACAUUUACUUUGAAAGAAGAAGCUAGAAGAUGGUGGAUGCUCAUUCGUGAUGAGAAUAGAGACUUGACAUGGGAUCGGUUCAAAGAAAUUUUCUAUGAAAAAUACUUCCCGCAAUGCAUUCAAGACAGGAAGGUAUCUGAAUUUGAACAGUUGAAGCAGGGGACCAUGUCAGUAGCGGAGUACGAAGCUAAAUUCACUGAAUUAGCCCGUUAUGCACCUCAUAUGGUUGACACUGACUACAAAAAGGCAAGGAAAUUUAAAGGCAGAUUGGAUGUCGAAGUACUUGAUCGGGUAAAUGUGUUGAAAUUGGUAAAAUAUGUGGACGUACUUGAUAGAGCUUGA